AUGACUUUUCCCAAACUGAGCCCUACAAACACCAAGGCACCUGUCGGAGCCAUUCUCUUCGCCCCACUGGAACCCUACACGUCCCGCCCUCGCGAGGCUUCUGUCAUCAACCCUGCCGACUGGGCCAGCCCUUCGUCGACCAUUUCAUACGUCGACAAGCUUGACCUCGAGAUUGUUCGAAACAAUGAAACUCAAAUUAUCGAGGCGAUACUCAUCCGUGGAGGCGAUUCUACUGAUGGCAACGUCCUCGCCAAGAUUCCCGAGGUUGCUGGCUCCAUUGCCGUUGCUUGCAACGACGAUGAACACUUGCGGACCGCCUUCGCCAUGGUGCAGAAGCACUCGAGCAGCGGCCUAGUCCAAGGGAUUGUUUUUCCCACUGGAAAAGCGUAUUUCGAUCGCGCGACCCAGAAACCUAACGUCACCAUUGCUCGUGGGGGAAUUGAGUUGUUGGUGCACCUGGGUAUUUUCGGCGACGAACUCUACAGCAACCUAACCCCGAUGAUGGCAUGA